UACGGACGUCACACGAAGCGUAAACUUUGGCGUAAACUGGAUUUCAGCCAUACAACCCUGAAAUCUUUUGACAGGAAGUUUACGCUCUCCCAUACAAAUCAAGCGUAAACUUUUUGAGUUUACGCCUCGUGUGACGUCCGUAUAAGAUAGAAUGAGGGUAGCUGAAUGUUUUCGUUUAUCAGUUACGCGUAACUCUGCACGUUUUAUUCUAGAAUUCGUCUUGUUCAGUUCCCUGUGUGAGUCUGAAUAAGUUUAUUUGAGUGCAAACUAAUAAUUUUCCUUAUUCUGCCCAUAUCGUCGUGUGUUUGAUGUCCAAAGAAGCCGCGAAAAUGAAUCGGAUUAUGUUGAAUUUUUUGAAAAAAGGUAGCUUCUUGCAAUUAUAAUUGAUAUAAGCAAAUAUUAAACAAAAACCGCGCUCCUUAUUUCAAUUCAACCUCAUAUUAUAUCCAUUCCAGGAUCCGAUGGUGAAGGACCAACGAGUUCAAAAACAUUGCCUUCCAUAUCUAAAGCUAAGACCGUAGAAAUAUCAGAACGUAAGUGCAUUUAUAUCGAACCUAGUAAAUAAUUUGUAUGAAAUGUUUACUAACUAAUCAGGUGCUAUAUCCGCUUCACCGUCCUAGCUUGUCCUCAAGACCUGAAAUAACUUUACGGGGUAUUUUGUGGCCAAUGGCAUGAGCUAAAUACUACCAGCACUUCGGAUUCUGAUUUGUAUGAUUUAGGAACCGAGAUCUUCUUAUUUAUCGAUUUUACAGUCCUCCUAUGUUCUUCCUAUAUUUUUCCACACGGCUGAACGUGGAUUAAGCUCUCAUGUCCUAUUAGGUUUUGCAACUAAGGAAGUUUCGUCAGUUUUGGACAGGGUUCAUGUAUCAUUAGUAGUUGCCCCUCCUGCCUUUUCUCUAUUCAGGAUUCCUUCGAAAUAGCACUUCCACCUUUCGAUCACCUACCACAUCCAAUAUCCUGUAAAAAAGGCAGGUGCCCCGGACUGGGAUAACUGCUCCGGCACCUGUUCGUUAGACUCUUCAAAACUGCGCUGCUUGGCCUGCAGGAGCAGGGUUUGCUGUUUCCUUAGUCGUCUGUAGAUCUCCACGUUUCAGGCGCAAGUUGCAUGCUGCAUUCUUCUCGGAUAGUGCUCGUCUGCACUCUUUGUCGAACCAUUCCUUUUUCUCUCUACGUUUACGUUUUUUACUACAUUUCACCAUACGCCAGCGGUCUGCAAUGGGCAUCGCGGCGAUGUUUUAGUUGGCUGGGAGCGCUUCCCCGAGUGCUGUCGCGUACCCCUCCGCCACAUCUGCACACUUCAACCGGUGCACGUUGAGUCUUGGGGUAGGCUGGCUCCGUUGGUUAUUAACCACGGUGGGUUUCUGGCGCAGCUUCAACAUGACCAUGGCUGUACGGCGAAUCGAGCAUCCUGACGGUAACGAAGACCGUCAGGAUACAAUGGCUGGGGCAUGUUAUGAGGAUGUCGGACUCAUGUCUUAUCAAGAAGGAGUUCAACAGCUCGGCAGGAAGCGCAGGACACACAGCACAUCAGGUGAAGCAAGAUCUGUAGGAGAUCAGGUGUCUUCAUCGAUGGGAGGCUCUGCUUGGAAGUCUGUAUCAUACGCCCUAUGCUUUCUCAAAACUCUUUGAUUUAAGUUAUAUGUUUUACAUUAACCAACAUUUUUCGAUCCCUCUCAACAAUAAUAUCUGAUGUUCUGUUGCUCUGCAAUGUAACUUGAAUAUAAUGUAUGGCUACAUGUAUGGUAACAUUGUGGUAUAUUGUGGUAUAUUGUGGUAAUUAUCACGGAAGUAAGUGAGAUUUAUCAUGCGCCAUGCCCAUAGCAUUUGUUCUCGUCCUAAUCCCAGUUAAUUUAUUCUGCUCCCACAUCUAAUUUUGUUCUGCUUUUCAGAUGAAGACAAUAUUUCUUCGAACGACGAUGCGAACGAAUCAGUUGUUAAUGUUUCAGAUGAGGAGAUGGAUUGUUCUGAUGACACAGGUUUGUCUUAACUUGUUAUUAUCAUUUAAAAUGCUCAACAGUUCUACGUGCGUUUAAAUUAAAUGAUUAUCGAAACAAUAAAAAUUACUUUAAUACGUUGAGUUUAAAACUAUGAAAAACAUAUCAUAUAUGGUUCACGCUAAAUUUGAAAGAAUGGAUGGUUAAACACUUUUAAAAUUUUUAUUGUGUUAUUAAGUAGAUUAAGACAACUGAUUAGUUAGCUUGCUCAAAUUACGAUUCGAUGCAACCGAAUGCUUCUGGAAGUUCAGAUAUUAAAUAGGGAUACAUUACAUAUUUAUAAACGCUUUAAGAUAUAUUUUAACUUUUGGAUCAUAUUUCUCACCAAAUUGUGAUAUUUUUGUUUUAAGAGUAUUAGGCCGAAAAUACACGGACCUCAACUUCGCGGCUGCGGAAAUUCGCAUACUGAAAAAUGUAUGAAUAUGUCAGUUUUGAAAAGAUUCUGUUGACAGUUUGUGUAUGGGUUUGACAGCACGCGUCCGCGAAAUUCCGGUCCGUGUAUUUUCGGCCUUAAGAGAGAGGUCUUGCAACCGAAAUUCAUAAGUAAAAAGAGCAUUCGAAUCUAAAUGUAUUAUUAACACUAUUAUUAGGUUUUUAGGAUAUUUGUCAAAGUAUGUUUUCUAAAAAAACAUAGGGUCUUAACAAUUUGAUUCCAUCCCAUUAUUCCUAUCGUUCCAUGUCUUAAGUUUCUAUUAUUCUAGGAACCGGAUUGCUGGUUCGGAUAUGACUGGGUGUCAACUGUAACACUGCUUCUAGACGACCCAAAAAAUCCAACAAUUUUUGGUGAUUCUUUCUAUGUGUCAAACCAUCCUUGUUUUAGCAUCAAUGUAUGGCCUACUUCGAUUGUAAUGUCGCGGGCGUUGCAUUUCUGUGAAAAACUUACCAACCCACGACAAUCACGGUUGCCUUUGAAUUUGUUGUAAAACUUUUACGUUUUUUAGAACAAUGCGGUCGCAGAAAAUUUGUUGCGGUAUAGAAGUUGGUUGUCUAGAAGCAGUGUAAAACGAAUAUUCUCUAAGCAGCAUGUGCAAUUUGGCAGCAUAGUUUAUUUGAGGUUUGCUUUAGAUCCUGAAAGUGAACGUGAAAUUUUGUUUUUUUGCUAUGUUUUAUUGAAUAUUUAUCAAAAUAUAGCUUAUUGUACACCAAAAGAAAGGAUAUUCAAUUUCCCUAGUAUUCAGUAUGUAAAACAUAUUGAAAUAAUGAAUCAAAUACAUUUUCUUAUGAUUCUCCGCUGACCACCGCAAACAAAGCGGGGAAUCGCAAGGAAAUGUAUUUAAUUCCAUUAUUUCAAUAUGUUAUACAGAAGGAAUAAAAUUCGGACUGUAAAUGACGGUCAAAAUCGAUCUCUCGCAAGUGGUCAAUUAGGUAAAGUUACUCAUACAAUGUAGUACUAUUCUUCUUCUUCUUUUGGCACAACUACCGCUGCCGGUCAAGGCCUGCCUGUACCCACUAGUGAAGUGGGCUUGGCUUUCAGUGACUUUUUGUUACCAUAUCAGGAAAGUCAGUCCUACGUAUGGGGACACACGGUCUAUUCAGGACUUGAACCCAUGACGGGCAUGUUGUUAAGUCGUUCGAGUUGACAACUGUACCACCAGACCGGCCCUGUAGGGUUAUUUUUUUUAUUCAGGAGGAACGGUCCGAGAAGGCCGUAUUGCUAUACAUAGUACUAUAUUAGAAUAGUGCCAAAAUAUUAGCAGAUCUACUUAUAUAAUAACCAUUAAGUAUCAAUAACAUAUUUAUUAUUUUGCAUUCUGAUCUUUACUUCGUUAGAUUCUAAAAAUAAAAAGACAAACGCAAAAAAGAAAUGGAUCCAAAAAUACACAAGUCAUUGGGAGCAAAAAUUACCAUGGGUAACAAAAAGUAAGAAAGGAAAGACGUUUGCAUAUUGCAAAAUAUGUGACCUGGAUGUGAGAAGCACCGGUGGAUUAGCCGACUUAAAAAAACAUGGAAAAUCCACAAAACAUAUUAAUAAUAGUGGAAAAUUAAAACUACCAGGUAGUGUGUCUGUGUUGAAAGCAUUGACCACUCAAAAGGAUAAUACUAUAAAUGCAGAAUUGCAGAUUUCAGCUUGGGGUGCGGAACACAAUGUCUCUGCUAGAGAUUUAGAAAGUUUUGUUGAUCUUUCUAAACGCAUUUUUAAAGACUCCGAUAUUGCUCAAAGUUUAAAAUUAGGUAGAACAAAAAUUCAAGCUAUUCAAACCAAUGUUAUCGGUAAAGCUGGACUCGAGGAGCUUCUACAUAUUGUAAAAACUAACUGUUUCAGUUUACUAGUAGAUGAGUCAACAGACCUUUCGGGAGUGAAAUCCUUGGCCAUGAUCUUAAGAGCGAGCAUGUGGCAGAGCGAUCAACUUAUUGUACACGACUUUUUCUAUCAUAUCGAAACGGUAGUGGAUGCGAGCGCGGUUAACUUAUAUGAGAUGAUCAAAAAUAAGUUCGAGUUGGAUGGUGUUCCAUACAAAUCUAAAUUGAUCGGAUUCGGUUCCGAUGGUGCAAAUGUAAUGAUGGGCGCAUAUCACUCAGUGGCUAGCAUGAUUAAGCAAGAUUGCCCGAAUGUCUUCAUUAUAAAAUGCAUAUGCCAUUCCUUAGCUCUUUGCUCUUCAUAUGCUUGCAAACAUAUCCCAUGCACGGUUGAGCAGCUAUGUCGAGAUGUGUAUAAUUUUCUAAGCUCUGGAGGACAGCGUGGGAGUUAUUUUAAGGAACUACAAACAAUCGUCGCACUGAAGCCUCUUAAAAUGCUGCAUCCCUCUGCCACACGAUGGUUAUCGUUGGAAUCAGUAGUAAUACGCAUGUUGGAGAGGUAUGAUGUACUUUUGAUGUACUUCAAUUUUGUGGAUGUUCGCGCCGACAAAUCAACAAAAGAAAAAAUGAACGCGAUCCGCAUAGGUCUGGAAGAUCCAACAGUCAAGUUAUAUCUAACCUUCUUGAAGUAUAUUCUACCAAUAAUCAACCAGAUAAAUAGACUCUUUCAAUCAGAAUCACCUGAACUCUGCCGGCUCCACGGCGACAUUACAAGAUUAUAUCGAACAAUUCUGGACAACUUUUUAACUGCUCAAUAUAUGGACGGUCUUAAAGAUGUAAGCAAAGUUGUGUUCUGCCAGCAAAAUUACAAACCAAUAGAUAAGUUGUACAUCGGCACAGAAAGUAUGCAGCUAAUGGAACAACUCCUACACAACCACAUCAUAAGUCAACAAACAGCAAGGGAGGUCACAACAAAUAUGAUAAAUUUUUAUGUAACAUUAUGUAACCAAAUCACAAGCCGUAUCGAUUUAAGUGAUCCUAUUCUUAUUCAUUUUGCGAUAUUGGAUCCAAAUCAUGUAGCAAACAGGAAAUUUGAGGCAAUCUACCCAUUGCUAAAAAUGUUCCCUAACUUGAUAUCAGAAGCAGAGCUACAAGUCGCCGAUAUGGAGUAUCGGGAAAUAAGGAACAUAGGGUUAAAGGAUUUCCAACCAGAGGAGUUGACUUCUAGUGUAGCUUUUUGGAAUAAAUGCUUAAUCGUACGGCGCUCUGAUGGAAAUUUUGCAUUUCCUGUACUGCGAAGAGUCGUACCUGCUUUGUUAUCUCUUCCACAUUCUUCGGCUUGCGUGGAAAGACUUUUUUCCCAGUAUAAUCUUAACAAAAACAAACUAAGGAAUCGUUUGUCACCCGAGGUAUUGGAAGGAUUAUUGGCUUCCAAAGAGUAUGUAAAGUUACAUAAAACAUCAAAUGGAGACAUCGAAAUCACCAGCGACAUGAAGAAGAAGUUAAACAGUAACAUGUAUAACAUGAAAAAUUGGUAAGAUGUUUAAAAGAAUAUAUAUUAUGGAUUGUCAUUCCAUUAACUAA